CAGCUUCACAGGAGGGCAUCCACAGGGUCAGACACUCCUCUGGCCCACCAAGUCAUGAGGUUGACCCACCCUGGCAACCAACCCAAUUGUCCAGCGCUUGACCCACCUUGCGUCUUAGAGCUGGAGGCAGUCCUGUUUCCAACUUGGGCGUUGGUGGAUCUGAAGAUGGAGGACACUGUAGAGGUUUAUAUGGAUGAGACUGCAGAGAUCCCCUGCCUGUAUACCUUCACCGAGAACCCCAGUAUAGUGAUGGUGCAGUGGUUUGUGCGGGCUCCUGGAGGUAAUCGUGAGAGGAUCUCCUACAGUGACCUGACCAUGCAGAAGGUGGAUGCAAACACAAGCUAUAGCAAUCGGAUCACUGUCAGGUCAAACAGUGAUGGAGAAACUCUGACCGUUCAGGACGUUAAGCUGUCUGAUGAGAGAGAGUUCUUCUGCCAGGUCAGUGGGAUGGCAGCAGGCAAUGGUGAGGGCAAGACGCUCCUGAAGGUUUUUGCCCCUCCAGAGCCUCCUGUGAUUGAAGGUGUUCUGUCUGGAGUUUCUGUGUCUGGGGACUCUCCAGCUAAGAUUGCAUCUUGUGAGACCAGAGAUGGCUUCCCCAAACCAAACAUCACAUGGUACCGUGAUCACAUCCCCAUUCACCCUGUGAAUGGCUUGGUGAACAUUGUAACUCUAGUGACGAGGGAAUCAAGUGGUCUGUAUACCGUUCAGAGUGAUCUGCAUUAUAAAGUGAUUAAGGAAGACAAGGACGCCCACUUUUCCUGUGAGGUCAGCUACUUUGUCCCAGAAGCUGUCAGGACAGCCGAAUCCAAAGGAGUCAACAUCACUGUUCAUUACCCCACGACCAGCGUCGCGCUAUGGAGAGAAUCGCCCGAGGGCUUGGUCAAAGAGGGGGACACAGUGGAGAUCCGUUGCCAAGGCGACGGGAACCCCCCAGCACCCAUCACUUUCAACCGAGAACAAUCCGAUGUGGAGCUGGAUUCCGAUCAGGGUCUGCUGUUUCUGAAAGAGGUGUCUCGGGCAGACAGCGGUGUGUAUGAAUGUCACUCUCUGGACAUGGAUGCACUGGAUCACGAUGAGGUGGUGGAGACCAUGCAGCUCACUGUACACUAUCUGGACCCAGCUGUGGUGGUGCCCAAAGACUCAGAGGUCAUGCUGAAAGGGGAGAGUCUGACAGCCACCUGCAAUGCCCUGUCAUCUUUAGAGACCUCUACUGUGUGGUUUAAGGAUGGGUUUGAGGUCGGAAGAGGACACGUACUGCUGCUGCAAGAUGCCACGUUUGACACAGCUGGACAAUAUGACUGUGAGGUGACUGUACCGCCUCUCCCAGGCCUGCAGACCAGCGGUUCUGUCCAUAUCAUUGUACAAGGUGCACCUCAGAUGAAUGAUGCAGAGAGGGAGAUUGAGCUGACAGAAAGAGUGGGGGGGUGGGUAAAUUUGACCUGUGAGGUGAGAGGUCACCCUAAACCCGCCAUAACCUGGAGCAUCACUGGCAGUCAGAGCUGGCGUGAGGUUGUUAAAAGAGAGACGGAGGAUCAAAUCUACAGUGUUGUGAUGCUUAAAGUCAGUGCUGACACUGUAGCCAUUUGCAACUCAUCAAAUGACUUUGGAAUAGAGACCAAGACGUACAACAUCAGAAGCAUUCCGUUCUCUCAGACUCCAACGGCGAGAAAAACUUCAGUGGAUAAUAGUGGUGUGAUUAUUGUGGUGAUUAUUGUAAGCAUACUGCUGCUGGCCAUCCUGGGCAGCGUCUUCUACUUCCUGUAUAAAAAGGGCAAGUUACCUUGUGGACGCUCAGGCAAGCAAGAAAUCACCAAGGAGAAGACGAACAAGGAUGACAUUGUGGUAGAGAUGAAGGCAAAAAAGAUGGAGGAGUCUGUGCUACUAAAGGGAGUCAACGGUGACAAUAAACCACCCACUGACCAGAACUCUACUCUUAGCUCAUAAAACGGAAGCUUACCAGCGAUUAAAGACCCUAUUCUGUGCCUCCCUGCUGGCCCAACAAUCAAGUCUUAAGACUUGGAGGACUUCUUGUGGAGCAGUCAUCUCUUCUGGAUAAAGUGGACUGUACUUCUGUUUCUUGUUUGUAAGCAGCAGCAUUCACUUUUGAGUAAAUGGGACUUAUGUGAGCUGAUCCAAAACGGAAGAUCGCUCUCCUUUUUCUAUUGAUUCGCCAACUUGUUUUUUUUUUUCAAAGAUAUUUGACCACGUUCAUGAAACACAAACAGAAGGAAUUCCUGUGUAAAUUGUUCAUAAAACCAUUUUCAUGUAAAUUGUUUCACUGAAUUGAAUGCGACAACGUACACAAGAACGAUUUUACAAACUAUUUGCUUGUUUUAUGAACGUUUUAUGAGGCCCAAUGUCACAGUGUCAGUUUUAGACAUCAAAAAUGUAUAUACUAUAAAUAUAUUUAGUUAUUGAUCCUACUUGUGACCUUUGUGCGCUUUUUUUUAAGCUCUGUUCAGCAAAUAUUUUAGUUUCUGUUCUUUCAUAACAGCCAAGAAGCAUACUUGGAGAAAAAAAAACAGAAAAUGUUUUGUUUUUAUUAGUAUCAGACAGUUGGAUUAUUAGAAAAAUUACUGAAACAUAUGACAAAAAGCUGAUUUUGUUUUAUAUGUAAAGAACAGUUUAUCACAUCUUGUAAUAUUCCAGAAAAUCACAAAAGACCAAAUAGUAAAACUUAGUUCAGUGUUAAUUUAAAUAUAAAUGCUGUAAUUUAAGGGAAAACAUUACCUAACAGACAUUGAGAAUAACACCGAUAUACCCAUACAACAUAUCAUAUACCCAUAGCCCUUCACAAUAAGAAACCCUGUCCAACUUAGACCCAGUAAGCAGAUAAACAAGUCAGGGAUUCAACCAAUAGCAAGCUGAUACAUGAUCCAACCUCAUCAAACUACUGCAGAGCUCAUGUACUCUUUGUAAAUAGUAGUAGGAAAGGAAAUUGUAGUUUUUGUUUUGUGUUUUGACUGCUGAGGGGAAUUGCGGCUCCCUCUAUUUCUGCCUCAACUGCAGUGCCUGAGGAAAUGUGUCUUCAUUUUACGUCAAAGUUUGUUACACUGAAAGCUUGUGUUUUGUAUUGUUUGUUUUCAGCAUUUCUCUGUAUUUGGUGAAGGGGAAAGUUUUGAUUCCUUCAAAAUGCUAUGAAUAUUUGUACAUUUUUAUAAAGAGAAGCAUUAUGUUUUUGCCCGAAAAGGUUUUGCCCCUUAAAGUGAUAGUUCACCCGAAAAUUCUCACCAUUUACUCAUCCUCAUGCCAUUCCGGAUAUGUAGGACUUUCUUUCUUCAGCAGAACACAAAUGAAGAUUUUUAGAAGAAUAUCUCAGCUCAUUUGGUCCAUACAAUGCAAGUGAAUUUUGAAGCUCCAAAAAUCACAGUUAGCAUAAAAGUAAUCCAUACGACU